UACUAAUGUCCAGGAUUAGCAUGUCCAGAAAUAACUUGUUAGCCUGCGAUUCGUCUCCAAAACGUACAUUUGUGUGGAACUGGUUCCCUGUCUGUGUGUUCUUCAAAGGUUGAAAACCGGACUGUGCUCCUUCUGAAUUGUAAUCGGUCACGUGACCGCGGCGGAAGUUUUCGGUGGAUUUGUGUCUUUGCUGCUUUCGAAGCGUGAGAAAAGGAUAUUGGCGAACUCGCCCUGAAAUAUCCCCAAAUACCACAAAACCUCAACUCCAGUCAGCAGGGAAACUGUUCAAAACACAGAGAAGGUUUGAUCUGAACACUGACUGGACACACACACACACAAAAACACAUAUCUACACACAUAUACACGUAGAGACACACCCACUCAAACACACACACACUGUGGUGAUGUCUGAGGCGGAGGGCUGUGUGUCGGUGUGGGAGUGGCUGUGUGUGCUGCAUCUGGACCAGUAUUUCCCAGUGUUCCAAGACGCAGGGUUUGGAACGUUGUUGGAAUGCCAAGGGCUGACCCAGGAUCAGCUGGAGACGAUUGGAAUCACAUUGCCUGGACACCGCAAACGCAUCCUAGCCAGCCUGCAAAAAACACUCCACACAAACACUCACACACACCCAGAGAGAGAGCACGAUGCUCUACACACACACCUGGCUGCAGAGGGAGACCAGAGAGGGGAAGAGAGAGCAGUGUUCACAGACAGACCCAGCCCUGUGGGGAGUGAGAGACCAGUCCCUGCACAGAGACCAGUGUCCAGGGAAGGAGAGAGGGAUGGAGAGAGACCGAGACCAGUCCCUAAGGAGAGACCAGUGUCCAGAGGAGAGAGACCAGUCCCUAAGGAGAGACCAGUGUCCAGAGGAGAGAGACCAGUCCCUAAGGAGAGACCAGUGUCCAGAGGAGAGAGACCAGUCCCUAAGGAGAGACCAGUGUCCAGAGGAGAGAGACCAGUCCCUAAGGAGAGACCAGUGUCCAGAGGAGAGAGACCAGUCCCUGCACAGAGACCAGUGUCCAGAGAAGGAGAGGGGGAUGGAGAGAGACCAGUCCCUGCACAGAGACCAGUUCCUAAGGAGAGGACAAAGUACCGCUCUGUCCCUGUAGAGACAUUGGACUGUGUCCAGACUUACCCUCGUCCCAACACUACCCCCUGUCCUACCACCCUCCAUUCUACUGCCCAGGACUCCCCUUUACCCCCCAUCCCACCUCGCAGCACCCCAAACUGCCCCCCACUACGCUUCAUCCCCACCUCCCCUAAACACUCCCCCACGGCACCCAAACCCAGAUCUGAACAUAUUAACUUAAACACCCCAACCACUGUACCUUCUGCUAGCCUCACCACCAAUCCCCUCACCUUACCCUCCCCCAGGCCCUGUCCUGCACCUCUGGCUAUCUACCCACCAGCCAGACACCCCCAGCAGGUGUGGGAGGGAGGAAGAAAGCCCUCCCCUGGUUCCCCCUCUUCCUCAUCCUCCUCUUCCUCCUCAUUUGAACGAUAUGACCAGUCAUCAUCUGAUCAAGGCGUGCCUCCCCUCCCCCCUAAAGUCUACGUGGUGGGGGCGGGCCCUAAAGAGCCUCACAGCCCUGCUCCAAUCCCACAUCGACCUCCUGUCUUGCCCUCCAGAACCACACCCACACAGAGCGAUGCUCCCGUCGAUGAGCCGCACACAGACCGAACUCCACCACCCCCGCCUCGGACCAGGGUACCCAACACGCCAGUCGACACGCAGCCUGCUCUGCCCAUGAGAAGGAUCCCCCAACCACCGCCUGAAAUCAGGUCAGGUGACAGUUCAGAUGACUAUGAAGAUCCAGACCAAGUCUUCCCCAAGCCCCAGGCUGUGAAUGUGGCAGAAGAUCCAGACCAAGUCUACUCCAAGCCCCAGGCUGUGAAUGUGGCAGAAGGUCCAGACCAAGUCUACUCCAAGCUCCAGGCUGUGAACAUGGCAGACAGAGAUGUGUUCCUGCCAGUGCCGGGGUGGGGGAAGGGACGGUACAACUCUCUCUGCAGCGACGAUGAACUAUUGGACGAUGACAACGAGCCAAUCAGCAGCCAUCGGAGCUCGUGGCAGGACUAUGGUCUGAGUACGCUCCAGGGUAGUGUCUACCUGCCGGUCAGAGGCAGGGUCCUAGCCCCGCCCCCUAGAGAUGGCCCCUCCCCUGAACCCUGCCCUGUUCUAAAGAUUGGCUGGCUGGAUAAGAACCCAACCCAGGGGUCUCUGUACUACCAGAGGAGAUGGGUGAAGCUGGAUGUUGACUACCUGAGAUACUUUGACAACGACAAGGAGGUGUACUCUAAGAGGAUCAUACCAACGGCUGCCAUUACGGGGGUGACCAACGUGGGGGAGCAGAAGUUUGAGGUGGUCACAGCCAACCGGACCUUUCUCUUCAAAGCCGAGAGCGACUCUGAGAGGAAUGAGUGGGUGGCAGUGCUGCAGAACUUCACUAGGGGGCGCCAGGAAGGCAGCAGGGAGAUGACCUCCUUUCUGACCCCUGGUUCACCCCUGACCCCUGAACAGCAGGGCUACCUGGAGCUGAGGGGCCUGCGCUCCAAACUCUACACAGUCGUCUCUGGAGACAAGGUCUUCCUCUACAAGAACAUGGAGGACUACCGCCUUGGCAUCGGUAUCACGUCUAUCGACAUGAAUGUAGGAAACGUGAAAGACACUGACCGCCGCAGCUUUGAUCUGACAACACCCUACCGCAUCUUCAGUUUUCUAGCGGAUUCGGAACAACAUAAGGAGCAGUGGGUAGAAGCGAUGCGUGACGCGAUUGGAGAUGCUCUGUCCAAUAGCGAGGUGGCUAAUCAAAUCUGGGCGGAGCCUAGCAACGGUUGCUGUGCCGACUGUGGCGUUGCCAAACCUGAGUGGGCUGCCAUCAACCUGUGUGUGGUGGUCUGCAAACGCUGUGCAGGAGAGCAUCGGGGUUUGGGCCCCAGCAUCUCUAAGGUGCGCAGUCUGAAGAUGGACAGGAAGGUGUGGACAGAGGAGCUUAUACAGGUGUUCCUGUUGCUAGGAAACGAGCGUCUGAACAGGUUCUGGGCGGCGAACAUCCCUCCCAGCGAGGUGCUGAGUCCGACCAGCUGCAGCGAAGACCGCCGACGAUUCAUCAGCUCCAAAUAUAGACAUGGCAAAUACCGCAAAUAUCACCCCCUCUACGGCAACCAGAGAGAGCUCAACAAUGCCCUGUGUAUAAACGUGCAGUGCAGUGAUGUGCUGGAGACCUUAUGUCUGGUGUUCUGUGGAGCUGAUGUAAACUGUUCUACUGGCCAGGCUGACUGUCCCUCCCCCCUCUCCCUGGCACUCACACACAACCAGAAACUACAGGCCGAGUUCCUCUCACACAACCUCAACACAGGUACAGAGCUGCCUCGGUCAGAGGUGACUGGGGUCAUGGAGCCUCAACACUAUUCACCACAGCACCCCGUCACUCACAAUGGCUUCCUUUUCAAGACCGCCUCCAUGGUCCGGCCUAUCACGGAGCGCAAGGCCAGGGAGGAGUUCAGUCGUCGCUGGUGUAUGUUAAAUGAUGGGAACUUUAGUUACUACGAGAGUGACAAGACCUCCACGCCCAACGGUGCCCUGAAGUCUACAGAGAUAGUCUGUCUGUUUGUCAACACACCAGAGAGACAUGGCUAUGACCACACGUUUGAGCUGUACUCUGACUCAGAGCGUGUCUAUCUGUUUGGAACUGACGACCAAGACAGCCACAAGGAGUGGGUCAAAUCCAUCACCAAGAUGUUUAUUCCGUCCAAUGCAGAGGCUCUGUUGAGACUGAGCUUUGAGCGGAUUGGCCGGCUGAAAUACAAGGACGGCUUGAACCUACAGAGCCCUCGGGUUGGCUGGUUCGCGCUUGUUGGCUCCUCCCUCCAUGCCUACCUGGAGGACAGUGAGGAAGAGGAGGAGAUACACCUACGCAAACUACAGGAGCUCUCGAUCCAGCAGGAGAAUGAGGUGCUGGUUCUGGUGGAGAGAGGCAGGACUCUGUACAUCGAGGGGGACAGGAAGCUUGACUUCCAGGGUUGGUGUGUGGGCAUCCAGAAAGCAGCAGGCAGUGCAGGAGACUCUCUUAGUCAGCAGCAACUAACUGAGACUGACAUCCCUGUUAUAGUGGACCGCUGCAUUGACUAUAUCACACAGUGCGGUCUGACGUCUGAGGGUAUCUACCGUAAGAGUGGCGUGAACAGUCGCGUGGCGGCGCUGUGCGAGGCGUUUCGGCGUGAUGCUCGUAGCGUGCGUCUGAAGGAGGAGGAGCACCAGGUGGACGACGUGUCUAACACACUGAAACGCUUCUUCAGAGAGUCUGGAGAGGGACUGUUCACCAUACAGGCUGCUAGCGCAUGGCUCAGCACACCUGUGGUCCCAGAGGAGAGCAAGAAGAUCUCUCAGUACCAGCUGCUGCUGAGCCGCCUGCCCAGAGUCAACAAGGCCACGCUACGAGCCCUGGUCAACCACCUCUACUGUGUGCAGCGGUUUGCAGAGCUGAACCAGAUGAAUCUCCAUAACCUGGCUAUAGUAUUUGGCCCAACACUGUUCCAGACCGACGGGAAGGACUACACAGCUGGCCGCGUCGUAGAGGAACUCAUAGAGCACUACACUGACGUUUUUGAGGUGGAUGAGCAGCAGCUGAAAAGGCAGCUGGAUGAGAUCACGGUCAUCAUUAAAGUCCGAGAGAAGUUGAACCUCAACUCCAGCGUUCCUGCGUCGGGGUCAGCAGGUGACUUCAUUUGUACAGUGUACCUGGAGGAGAAGAAGGAGACGACAGAGCAGCAUGUCAAGAUCCCUGGUUCUAUGACGGCAGCAGAGCUGACCUGUGAGAUUCUGGACCGACGGAAGAUCCAGGUCAGAGAGAAAGACUACUGGAGCUGCUGGGAGGUCAGCCAGAAGGAGGAGAUCGAGCGUCCAUUGCAUCAUCUGGAGCGUGUGUUACCCAUCCUACACUCUCUGGGUACCGACUCCCACCUGCUGGUCAAAAAACACCUGGCCAUGGAGGCCAUACUCGUCUACCUGGCCAGUAAAGUGGAUGUGUCCAAGCACGGGAUGGUGAAGUUCCGGGAAGAGAGGAGCAUUCUGGGAUUGGGACUAAACACCGGCAGCUUCCACGACCGCUACUUCAUCCUAAACACUGUCUCCCUCAGGAUGUACAAGGAAGUGCGGAGUAAUCGUCCAGAGAGGGAGUGGCAGGUGAAGAACCUGAGGGUCUAUCUAGGCAUCAAGAAGAAACUUCGACCACCCACCUGUUGGGGUCUGACUGUGAUCUAUAAAAGUGAAAAACAGGAGAAGCCAGAGAAGCAGCAAUGGUAUCUGUGUUGUGACACUCAGACAGAGAUGAGGGAGUGGUUCUCCACCUUCCUCACUAUCCAGUAUGAUGGUAACGUUUGGCCAGCGGAUGCAGUACAAACACGUGUGACCCGUGCGUUGCCGGUGGAUACGCGUCAUGGUAACGUGGCAUUGAUUCCGUUGCGUGGCAGCGAGAAUGAGAUGCGGAACAGCGUUGCAGCUUUCACCGCCGACCCGCUUGGCCUCUUUAGAGAUGUCUGAUAAUGGGGCCAGACAAGGGGAGAGACCACCAGCUAUAGACCAUUCCAGUAACGACAACCCCCCCCCCCACACACACACACCUGUGCCUAUAAACUGGACCUCUAAGCAGGGGAAGCAGGUGUCAUGAGGAGAGACUGUUACCACAGUGCCUUUUACAACUGCAGUGCACCCUGGGAUACAUGGAGGGCCUGGAAGAUGUUCCUGGUAUAGACUGAGGCAGGGACAGACCUAGAACAGACAGUUACUGGAGCAGCCUGACAGUACAGACUGUCUCUCUGACAGGUGGGAGAUGAUGGAAUGAUCUUCAGUGUCCCCAUAUGUCCCACAAUAACUCUAUUCCUUCCUCUAACCAUGUCUAUCUCCCUGUUUUUAACCUCUCUGAGACUGCCCCAUCGAUAAAGUGUCCACCCCACUCCCCAGUGUUCUCCUUCCCUGUUUUCUAGACUUGUGUAAUUAUUUAUUUCUCCAGCAGAGGGAGCAGCAUAUGAACGACAGGGGGAAAACCAUGACCAUUGUUCAACAUUAAGUUGGUUCCACUUGUCAAAAGGGAGCCAUAAAGACGUGUCCAAGUUCUUAUGUAGUGACGUCAUUACUCCCAACUCUAAGCCUAACCUGUAUACACACACACACACACACACACACACACACACAACUGUUUUUGGGCAAGGAGAGAAGUGCUCACUCUGUUUACCAUUUGACUAAGACUGUUGUGUUCUUACUGUCUGCUACUCUGUACACUUUAAUAAACAUUUCAGUCAGAACUAGAUUCCUAGCUCAGUGAUGACAUGUGGAGGAGACAGUAAGGAGAGCAUUAUUAAAUACAUAACCGUGGGGAUAUCCAGCCUGAUCUCCUGAACUCAGUUCAGUAGGAACUAAAUGUCAGCACAGUGAUGAGUCUGGUUUCACAAGACUGACUGGUAAAGAUGGUCUACUUUUCUGGGAACACAACAACACGCACAAGUGCUGUAUUCUCAUUAAUGUCAACCUAACAAACUGUCAAUCAUCAUAUUAACUGUAACAUGACAGCUUUAACCUGCCUCUGUCUUAUAACUGUAUCUAAGUGAAAGUAACUUUUGUAAAUUCUGCAGAUAGUAACUGUAGGUAUGAAUUUUAAUAAAGUCAAUGAUAUUUGGA